UGUAGUGGCAACGUCCAGGUUCAAUAGUUGUUGCGAUGGUUUGUUCAGAAUGGUGGCUAGUGCUAGUGUUGACCAUUGCAGCUGCCCUGUAUGUCCAUCGGACUUUUGGAGAGAUGCUCCGCUACUCGGGAAAACUGAAGGGUCCGAAAGCGUAUCCGAUUAUAGGCAAUGGGCUGCUGUUUUUAAACAAAUCUCCAGCCGAGUUUCUCCAAAUCGUUGGCACACUCUUCGAGCAGUAUGGCAAGUGCUACCGUGUCUGGCUUGGCACGACCCUUGGAGUUAUGAUGUUCGAUCCUAAGGAUAUUGAGGUGGUGUUAAGUAAUCCCAAACAGAUCACCAAAUCAACUGAGUACGACUUCAUGCGCCCUUGGUUGG